AUGGUUGUUGGCUGGGUACAACAUGGGCUUCCCCAAUGGGGCAAUGUACAGGAGUGCGCUGAACGUAUUGUUGUCGAUAACGGUACAGGUCAAACAAAAAAACUAAAACAAACAGAUAUAGCUAUUACUGUACCGGGAACCUUGGAAGAGGUUCAAAGCAUAAUGGCCUCUUCUACACAAACACAAGAUGCUGAGCAGCUUUGGCAACGAUUAGCAACAGAUCUACAGGAAACAUUUACCGUUGCAGAUGCUGCUAAACAACUAGGGGUUUCAGGUUUAGAGUUAGCUGUGUUGUGGCAACAUUUAUGGUUAGCUCCAGAAUGCUUUGCUCGAGUUGGUAGGACAAAAUUUCGUUUACGUACACCUCAAGAACGUGAAGCUGAAAAACAGCGAUUACAGCAACGCCGACAGGAAGAGUCAUUAUUACAGACCUAUGAACAGUUUCGUGUACGUCAGGCAGAAGGCAAGUUAGAUCGGCAAGAAAUUCUACAAGCACCAGAACCGGAGUGGCGUUCGAUAAUGCGAUAUCUUGCUUAUGGUGAGCCUAUUGAAGAUCUGAGCGAACAUACAAUAGCUCGAAUGGUAAAGUUUUUUCACGUAGUUUAUGAGAGCCAAAAUAGCCCUUGGCCAGAAUCCUAUAUGUGGGCACAAGAAUUGGGUGAAGUAGAUGCUUGGCAGCAUGGUGAUCCUUUAUUACAAAAACAUCAGCAGUGGCUUGAUUCUUGUGUUAAUGACAAAGUUGACCCUGUUUCUGUAACGACACUACAGCCGCAGACAGCACUAUGGGCCAUUGAUGAUGCUGGUACACAAGAUCGUGAUGAUGCUUUUGGUGUCCUUGAAGUCCCUGGAGAAUUUAUUGUUGAGAUUGCGAUUGCAGAUGUCUCUGGUAACUCCUUUUUAACCAAACAAAAUUUAGACCAUUUAGCAACUGUCGCAACAAGUACCUAUUUACCAACAGCGACAAUCCCUUUAUUACCACCGCAUCUAGGUAUGAAUUAUCAUAGCCUUUCAGAGGCACAAGCCCGGCCUGUAAAACUGAUACGGUUCCGUAUUGAUUCAAAUUCAGGAUCUUGGAAAAGUCCACCAGAGUUAGAAAGCGGUCUAUUAAAGCUUGCAGGUACAGCAAGCUAUGCUCAAAUUGAUACUCAAAAAAAUCAGCCUCAUACAUGGGCUACGGCAAAACAACUGGCUGAGCUUCUAUACCAAACCAGGCGUAAUAAUGGCGCAGGGGAUAUUCGUCGGCCAGAUGUUUCGAUUAACGUUGAGUCUGGAUAUCCUACAGGUUUUGUUCGACGAGAACCAUGGAAAGGGGCACGAGCAGUAGUUCGUGAAUUGAUGAUUCUUGCCAAUACUGGAUUUGCAUACCUUUUGAAACAGGCAAAGAUUGCAGCCCCUUUUCGUACCAUGGAUGGAAACUCGCAACCCUUAUAUACUCGUGUAACAACAACACCUGCACCUCAUGAAGGCAUUGGUGUUCUGCAGUAUGUUUAUGCAACAAGUCCUAUCCGACGUUUUAUCGAUAUUAUUGCACAGCAUCAGCUUACAGCCUUAACAACAGGAAACCCCAUGAGCCAGCAACAAAUAGAGCAUUGGAUUACUGUAAGUGAACCUGCCUUUACGCUUCGACGACGCUGGAUGGAAUUAGCACUAAAAUAUUGGAAAUUACGUUAUUUAGAAGCCUAUCCUGAUCUAGAACUAAUUGCAGAGCCUGCGCCACUAAGUGGUGGUAGCCAAGACUAUUUACGUGUACGUAUAAGCCCUUUAGAUCUUUUAGCAUAUCUUCCAGCAGAUACUGUUGAUUGGCAGCAACCAUUUCCCGUUCGUCUUGAAGAUGUCGAUGCUGAUAAAGGCGUUUUUAUCGUGACAGCUCAAUCUUAA